AUGACCGAUGCGGAGGAAUCGGUAAAGGUACGGCUUGAUCAGGAUAUUGCAAAUAGAUUACAAAAUGAACAUCCGGAACAGUUCAAUACGUUGGUACGGAUGCACCUGUCGUUCGAGUUGGACCUCAACACGGAUACUGAAAACGAACCAGCCGGUUUAGAUAAACAAAAAGUAAAGAAAUGGAAAGGGUUUCACAAAAAAGCGAAGGGCUGCACGUCGGCCAAAGUGACAUCCCCAGAAACGGCCAAAGCGGCGUUAACAAAAGCAAACAUCGAGGACCUAAAAAAAUUGAUCGCUUUUUUGGAACAGGAAGAAAACAUCUCUCAGGAGGGAAUAUUUCGCAAAACCGGGUCUCUUUCGCGCCAAAAUGAGCUCAAAAAUCUGAUCCUGCAAGGCAACGUUCUACCGCUGGAUGAGGCCGGAUAUACAGCGCAUGAUUGUGCUAGUGUGCUUAAAAGUUUCUUGGCCGAUCUCCCGGAACCACUCCUGACUGAACUGUACUACCCCGCAUAUUGCCAGGUGGCGGACCUCUUCCAACCCAAAGAUAACGCCCAAGCAUCUCGUGGCGAGGAUCGAUUAUUAAACGUUUUGCAGCUAUUGUUUCUACUUUUACCGGAGGAAAACAACACGUUGCUUCGGUACAUCAUCGAUCUGCUGCAUCGCACAAUCCAACAUGAAGCGACGAAUAAGAUGUCGGCGGUAAAUCUGGCCACGCUGUUUACGCCCCAUCUCAUUUGCCCUCGAAAGCAAUCACCGGAGGCACUGCACACGACCGCCCAGCAUAUGUCCGGUAUUGUUGGUUUUAUGAUCAAAAUCGGCCUACGGCUGUUUCACAUUCCGCCGAAGCUCGUCACUGACAUACGGGCGUACUUUGUGGAGCAAAAGCGCCGCAAAACUAUGUCACCUGAGCACAUCCUGAACGAGUCGACUACAUCGGACUCGGUGGCGAACACGGUGUACACGUUCGUUGAUCGAGAGAAAACCGCCGAAGCGCAUAUCAUGAACUCCACGGACACGGCCCUGGCGCAGCUGUACGCUCACAUUCAAAGUUUGCCAGAAUCUUCCAAGAAGAAAAAGCUGGUGAGCAAGUUCAACCGCCAAAAUGGCUACGGGACCCCGCUGCAAGUUUUAAUGCUGCGCGAGAAAAACGGCACAAAUUCGGGCGGAGUAGGAAGCGGUGGUGGAAUGAAAUAUCCACGAUCGAUAAGCGAUUCGAUCAAGCGACACAUUUUCCACAAAUCGAUCAUGUCCCGGACGCCGAAACGAGUGGCAGACGGUGGCAACCAUACACCAACGGCGUGUCAGACGCCUAACGGGACGAGCUAUGGUAGCGGUCCAAGACAACGCGUUCUCUUUCAGAGUCCCAUCUCGUCGUCCGAUUCGCCGUCUAGCACCGGUUCACCGGCGCUUCUGAAGCGUUGCUCUUCCGUUUCGUCGUCUGCGUCUUCGUUAUCCUCACUGUCGUCCCAUUCGUCGGGUGGAGUCCCGCUCGCUGGUAUCUUAUCGCGCACAAACAGCACUGAAAGUAGCAGCAGUGCGUGCAGUGCCAGCGAACAGGGAAACACUUCCCAACGGCUAGAGGUUGCGAAAAAGGAACCAUUAAAACGCAGAUCAUCUGGUGAUCCAGCCGGAGAUCUAACCCCAACGCCUGUCGGACAACAUUGUCCCACAGCAGUGGACAUGGAUUCCGUUUCGGAUCGAAAACGAAGCAGGCUGGAUGAACGCCCCGAUAUGGAGCAGUCAAAUCGAACAAAACCUGCGCUAGUAGUGCGCUUUGGCUCCAAUGUGGUUGCGGAAGACGACGAGCCACCGCCACCAGUGGAUGAUGAGGACUUUGUCGAGCAGGAUGAUGAUGAUAUCGGUGAUAGUGAGAGCGAGAACGACGACGAGGAGCUUUCAAAUGAUGGCAUGUUGCUUGUCGCAGGUGCUAGAGAUGACGUGGAUGAUGAGGAAGACGAAAGGAUACUCAGCGAUAGUGAGGAGGACCGGUACGGUACAUCACUUGGGGAUGCCCGCUCUCGUUAUCGAUCGGAACCGAAUCUCAGUGCCAUCGGAUACCAGCAGCAUGGCCAAUUGAGGAAACAUAUGCACCAUCUCACAGAGCAUGCUAUUCCUCGUUUGAGGGAAGUAUUGACCAAAAGCGAUACUGCUACCGAGAAGCGCUCCCAAACCACUAUAUCCGGGGGAAACGGAAACUCGACGAAGCAAAGGAUGAAUAUAAACUUUUUUAAGAGCAAGCUCAUCAAGGGUGUGUCGAUGGGUAACUUGCGCUUUCCAUUUGGUAACGACAGCAGCAAAACGAGCAAAAGAAAUAGCCGUUCCGGUGAGGCGUUAAAUCGUCUAGGUGCUAAAAAGACUAAUGGGGAUCCUUCACGUAGCGCCUUUACCGAUUACGGACUGCCUUCGUUGCGAUCAUCCAUUUCGUCGUCGCUCGAAAACGUGUUAAGCGAACCGCCCGUAACAACUGCAAUUGGCCAGUGCUGGACAUCCAGCUAUCAGACAAGCACGCCUGGACCAUCGGCUCUUAUCAAUGGCCGCAAUUCAAUGUCUCCCAUUACGAAAAGCACUCAAAGGAUGCCCAAAUCAAUGCAGGAAUCGAUAAUGACUCCUCGCUCGCGCAAACCCGUUAUGUUACUUGCCGCCAUGAACGCGAACGACCAACAGCAACUGUCGACAACGUGCGCAAGUUUUUCCAGCCUGAAGGAAGAAGACGAAGAGGCGGAACUCGAACCAAUGGUGGGAGUCGCGGCCGCUAGCGGCUGUACGCCAUCAACGUCGCAGUUUGGACGGAAUUUGACCCAGCUAAUCAAUGACACUGGACUGCCACCAAUCAGCAAUGAAGUAGGUCUGCCACCCGUUCCAAGCCAUGCUGCAGGUAACAUUAACGCCAGUUCCAUGGCGCUGGGUGAAGGUGGUGGUUGCGGUGAUGGCUCCGGUGUCACCGGAGGAGAGCAUGAAUGCAGCACAUUGGCCAGUCCCUUUCGGGAUUACCUGCUCAGUCGUGGUGUGAAGCCGGAAAGCCCUGCGGAUUUAUCUUUCGCAAGCCAGUCGGAUGAUUUUGAAUCGUCGACUGAAAUAUUAGAUCGGUUCAGCGAAUCGAAGAUGAGCGAGAGUUUGCUGUACUGUAUGGACGGCAACGAACCGAAAGACAAAGAAACUGCCAAGGAUAGCCUGCGAAAGGCCAAGGGAACCAAAGUUGAACACUUUCCCAGUGGAGACUCAGAGCUAGACGAGACGGCACUGUAA